CCGGGGCCGGGUGGCGGCCGAGCCCCCGAAGUUUGCGCUGCCGGCGGAGGGCGGCCCUCCGCCCUCCUCCCUCCCGCCGCUUCCGGGGCUCCGCCGGGCGGAGCGGGCCGGCGGGCGGGCGGGAGCCGGCAGGACGGGCCGCGAUGAAGAAGCCGGACGGGAAGGUGGUGCUGCUGGGGGACAUGAACGUGGGCAAGACCUCCCUGCUGCACCGCUACAUGGAGAGGCGCUUCCAGGAGACGGUCAGCACGGUCGGCGGCGCCUUCUACCUCAAGCAGUGGGGGCCCUACAACAUCUCCAUCUGGGACACGGCGGGACGGGAGCAGUUUCAUGGCCUUGGGUCUAUGUACUGCAGAGGAGCAGCUGCUGUGAUCCUCACGUAUGAUGUGAACAGCCUCCAAAGCCUGACAGAGCUGGAAGAAAGAUUCUUGGCACUGACGGACAGUGCAAGUGCUGACUGCAUUUUUGCUAUUGUUGGAAAUAAAGUUGACCUCACUGAUGACUGUGCUUUACCACCGGAUGAAAAUAGACCUGAGAAGUCUGUUGCCAGCUGUGGCUCGAAGGUGCGAAAACAAGUCCAUGCAGAGGAUGCAAUUGCGCUCUAUAAAAAGAUACUGAAAUACAAAAUGCUGGAUGAGAAGGAUGUUCCAGCAGCUGAGAAAAUGUGCUUUGAGACCAGUGCAAAAACAGGAUACAAGGUGGACUACCUCUUUGAAACUGUGUUUGAAAUGGUAGUCCCAAUAAUUGUACGGCAGAAAGCUGAGGGGCCAGCGCAAACUGUAGACAUUACGGACUACAAGCCAGCGAAAAGGACAAAAUCUGGUUGUUGUGCCUGAAUCAUUUACAUGACAUAAGAAAGGGGGACGAAUUGCUGGCUCCAGCAAACUGAGGAGUAACAAGUGCUUGCAGUUCACCAGAAAGGAAAAGUCAAAGAAUAAAUAGACUAAAAUGGUGUAUGUGAAAAAACCAAAUCUUCUGACCAUUAAAGGUUUCUGGGAAGCUCUGUGUAUUAAAGUGGGAAUGUGAGUGAAGUUACAGAGGAAGACUUGCCAGUUUCCAUAGGCUCUGAAGACAAAUGGUGUGUUAGUACAAUUGGUAGCGACAAUCAUUUGAACAGCUUUGAAGGAGUCUGAUUUUUAAUGACUCGCCAUUUCAUGUUGCAUGUAAAUGAUCUUUUUGUGUACUAUCGACAGCUUUCACAUGAUUAUCAUCUUUCCCCUUGCAAUUCUAACUUUGGAAGAUUGAACACAUGGUACUUUUUUAUUCUUAAGGAAAAAAAAAAGAAAAUCCAGGUAUAAUUUAUAUUUGUAGCUAAGAAAUCAAUUACAGUCUUUUUAUGUCAGAUAUGACAGUGUAAGAAUCAGAAGCUGAACUAUUAAAAUCACUGUGGAUA